AUGACCCCAUCAGAAGAACCCGAUCAUGCAACACAGGCGCCGGCAUCAAAGCGACGGCGUGUAGCUGUCGCCUGCGAUGCAUGUCGCGCGCGGAAGUCCCGUUGUGACGGCACCCGACCACGUUGUUCGCUAUGCUCGGAUCUAGGAUUCGAGUGCGUUUAUACGCCGCCGACUACAGCUACUAAUUUGAUCGUGCAGAAGGAUUACCUGCAUGGUCUGGAAGAUCGUGUCAAGAAACUUGAGGACUCUUUACUCUCUGUCCGAGAUGAUAUCGUCGGAUUGUCGGCUCGAGUCGAUUCAGGGCCGGGUUUGGGUUCCUCGAGAAGUGAUGAUGAGAGACAGAGAAUCGCCUCUGUGCCUGACUUAAUUGGGACAGAGGACUCGGUUGAUGCGAUGGGUGCCAUGACUUUUGCUGAUGAGGAGGAUUCGGGGUUUUUUGGUCCUUCUUCGAACAUUGCAUUCUUGAGAAAUCUUUCUCAUGCUGUUAUCCAGCAGGGAUAUCUUUUAUCGCCCGGGGCUGCGGAAGGUGGCUUUGUAAGUGCAUCCAGGGCGCCAUCCCCAUUGCACCGCCCAACAGCCCAGGAUCAGCGGUCUCAGGUCAAUAUAUUUGCAUUACCUACCCAGUCAGAGACUCUUGCUUUGAUUCGAAGUUAUUUCUCAAAUACUGGUUUGCUCUUUCCAUAUAUCUAUCCUCCUAUGUUUCUGGAUACAUAUCACCAGAUGGCACGAGAGAACUUUACCAAGGUUCGAAAGACUUGGCUUGGCUUGUUGAACAUGAUUUUGGCGAUGUCGACCAUAACAUCUGGGCCGAAUGGAACUAAAGCAGAUUCUCGUAUAGCCGAGUCUGAUGUCUUCUAUCAACGCGGACUCGGACUUUGUGGCGGGGAGCUGCUGCGCGGAACGACAUUAGAAGUCGUCCAGUUCCUGCUUUUGAUGGGACAAUACCUUCAGGGUACUCAGAAGUCAGUCCAGGCUUGGACAGUUCAUGGGCUGGCUGUGAAAGCCGCUCUACAACUUGGGCUUCACUCCGUUCACGCAUCUCGAACUUUUAAUCCUUUGGAGCAAGAGACUCGCAAGCGGACAUGGUAUGGCUGUGUGGUACUGGAUAGAACACUGAGCAUGACAUUUGGACGCCCAGCUGCCAUUCCAGAUAGUUACGUGAAGCUGGAACUUCCUUCCAAACGGCAGUUUGAAAAGUCAUCUGCCUUUGUAGAUGAUGAGACUUCUUAUCUUAGCGUCUCAUUUUUCAACGCGACCAUCACCUUGUAUAAAAACUUAUGGAGUGUAAUCGACUCUCUUUAUGGGCAGAACAUAGGCUGCGAUCCUCCUUUGCCCGUCAGCGAAACCGUCUCUCAUAUUUUCAACAUGGAGCAAAGCCUAUUUUCAUGGGAGCGCUCACUGCCUUCGACUUUGCUAAUGAUCAACAAAACCACUUUAUACGAUAUCCCCCAAGAGAAGCUUUCUGAUUUUCAAUACUUCUCUUGGAAGUUUCGUGUUAUUUUGACUUUGCGUUAUCUCAACCUGCGAGUCCUCCUUCAUCGACCCGUUCUGGUGAAAUUCAUCACUGCGAGCCGAUCCCAACAUCAAGAUCCCCAGGAUAUAAACCUAUUGCACCAGAUUGGAAUGAAUAGUUUGGAAAUUUGCACCGCAUCUGCAAUGGAGACCAUCGACAUCAUACAUCAGGUUGUAUCCGACCCUGGAUGGAAGCAAAGUCUGUUGGGUGCAUGGUGGUUCUCGCUUUAUUACACUUUCAAUGCCGCACUAGUCACUUUAGGUGCCGUCUGGGUAUAUCAAGAUACAGCCUUGGGUAAUGCUUCCAUGGCCGAAAAGGCAAAGAAAGUCCGAGAGUAUCCCAGUCGCGCGGUCGCAGCUCUCGCUAGGUUGGAUGACGGUAACCGGCUGAUUGAUCGAUGCCGCGCAUUUUUGGAAAAAUUUACAAACGCUUUGGUUGAUUCUGAGACUGACCAUAAUGGUGCAAUUCCUCCUUUGCCAUUCAUGGGUAUUAAUCGUGGUUCUUUGCCAACAGCAGACUUUGGCUUCUCGCCCUUUGGUAUGGAAUUGGGAGAGUUUAUGAUGGAUGAUGAUUUGAUUGCGAUAAUAGAUAAGCAAGGGCUAUUACCGGCGGAUACUGUGCCCUAG